CUCGUCAUCGCCGUCGUCAUCGUCGUCGCUGUCGCCGCCUUGCAGUGAGAGACACACGACAGCUGGUGCCGUGACACCUGCUGCAGCGCGCGAGAUCGAUAUCCGGCUUCGUCCUUGCCACCGUCCGUCCGUUUCGGAGCGGAACGUGAAGGGUGACCGCGGUAAAACGCGAUCAUGUCCCCGAGGUCGGAGCGGCGCCUCCUGUAGCCUUCCUCGCCGUCGUGUGUCCCGUCGCGGUACGUCGCGCCGGGUGAUGUAGCGCCGGAAGUGGAGGAAAACCCUGCUCCUCGAAAGUAUCAGUGAGUGUAUCCGACGCAACGUCUUCCCCUCCCCCCCCCCUCCACCCGGCGCGGCGGGGUGACUCGCGCGAUCACGUCUCUUUUGCGUCGCUCGCGGAUGAAGGACGUUUGGAUUUCUCGGUCCCGGCGAAAAUGCGCGACGAGAAUUACGCGGCUCUGACGCAAAUCUAAAUUUGAAAACGCACGUCGAUCUCUCACCUCUCUUCUUCCUUCGCGAAGAAGGAGUUCGCCGCGAAUACAUGAACUUUUCCGCAGCUGGCUCUCCGUUUUGAGCAGAAAUUUUGUGAGACCAAGUGCGGGAAGAUUCCGCGUAGGCGAAAUUUUUUAAAGGGGCGUCGGGAGUCGCGCGCGCGCGCGCGUGUCAAAAUUAAUGUAUGCGACUACUUAAUAUACUCGUGGAAUUUCCGCGUGUCAUCGAUUCCGGGCGUGGGGUUAACGCACCGGUGAAUGCCUCGCCAGCGAGAUAGCCGCUUGUAAUAAGCCUUUGAUAAACCGCGCCGAUAUACGGUUUCUUUCGCAGUCCCCGCGACACGACGACGACGACGACGACGGUUAACGGCGCUCCGUCCCGAUCGAGUGUUUAUAUACGCGCUCGCGAACACUGUUUACGUUUCUUCUGCGCACGUGAGCGCAGGAGGAACGCCGCGGUAUCGAUCUCGGAUGGGAACUCUUCUCUCCGGAAGAAAUCCCGUCGAUGAGAAUUAAACGGAGACCGUAAUACGUCGUGUUCCGCGUUCUCGAACGCUUUAUAGAAACGAGCGACGACUCGUUAAAAUGAUAAAAGCGCGUUAAAAAUGCUGCCGAGUUAUUUUUAUGGCUGUUAUCGAGAUACCCUCGCGCGAGCGACGCGGGAUAUAAAAACGGAUAAUGUCACGUAGCUAAUUGGCGCAGCCUGACGUUUUGACAAGUGCGACGCAAAAUUUAUCUUGUGCAUCGGACAGGUGGCCGCAACGGAUAUUUUUAAGUUUUUAUUGAGGGGGAAUUGCUAUGGUGCGAGCUUCACUCGAAAAGGAGAAAUGAGAGAAAACAUUAUGACCGCGUGAGACCGUUCUUGGCUGACAACAAUUCGAAUCGAAUACCUGCGGGAGUAACCGGAAAUUUGUUGUUAUCACAGAAAGCUACAUGAGCUGCUGCCCUUUCAUGACGCGGCUUGGGGAGAGGAUGGUCAGCAUGAGCUCCAUGCUCGUAGAGACAGUUAGUAUAAAUUAUGAAGAUUUUAAUGAAAGUUUUUUAACAUGUGGCACCUGUCUCUGCGUUUAUGAUGGCAGCGAGCAUACACCUAAAUUACUACCAUGUUCACAUACGGUAUGUUUACAUUGUUUAACAAGAAUUGCCGCGUCUCAGACACGAGAGACAGGAGCGUUUCGAUGCCCCAUUUGUAGAGAAUUAAUAACUAUUCCUCGCGGAGGGGUACCUGCACUGCCUCCGAGUUUUCUCGUAAACCAACUGCUCGAUCUUAUGUCUAGGCAAAGACGAGAGGUCAUCCCAAAGUGUUCAGUUCAUAUAAAUCAGGAAUUAUUAUUUUGUGAAACAUGUGAUACGGUGUUCUGUACUGUGUGUACUGGCGGGACACAUGCAGGGACGUCACCUGGAUGUACAGAACACACAAUCAUCCCCUUUAGUAUUGCGAUAAAAAGAAUGUCGGAAAUAUUACUUUAUAAAGCAAACGAGUGUAUAUCCAAGUUAACACAGGCACAAGAUUCUGUCAGCACGGAACUACAACGUUUGGAAGCUUCUACCGAAAAAUGUUUGAGCGCGGUAGACACUGAAUUCUCCGAAAUUAUCGCAAAGAUAGAGAAACGACGAACGGAAUUGCAAGCUGCUGUGACCGCUGCUGCUCGCGAUAAGAAACAUGUACUUGAGGAGCAACAUUCACUUAUUGAGGCGGAGAAAACCAAAGUGGAAAGAGAAUGCGAGGGAUUGCAAUAUCAGGUCGAGGUCCGGAAUAUUACCCAACGUAUUAACAGCCUGUCGGAUCAGCUUGACGCGGCGACUGCUCUCAGCGAACCUAAAGAAAAUGCCUUUAUCACAUUCGAGUUUAAUCAUAACGACGCUAUCUCUCAGUUAGAGCAAGCACUGAAUAAUUUAGGACGAGUACGUUCUAGUACAACAUUACCAGGUUUAUGCCGAGCCAGAUUGAAAGAUCUAGCGGUAGUGAAGUUGCAAACAACUGUUAUAGUCGAAACGGUAGAUUACCAUGGUCAUCCCCGAAAUGUUGGCGGUGAUCUUAUUAGUGCUGAAUUGACACUCGCGGAUAAUAUACACGCGGAAAAUCAGAACGCUCCCAUUGAGACAGAGGUGAAAGAUCUGGAAAAUGGAACUUAUGAAAUUUACUUCCGGCCACCGACAGCGAGUCGAUACGUCUUGAAGGUAUCGGUGUUCGAACGACCUAUAAAAGAUUAUCCACUGUUUUUUGAUGCGACCGAGCACAAUGAACCUAUUAAAAUAUAUGGGAGACGUGGUAAUGGGAAAGAUGAGUUCCAUCAACCAGUCUCGGUUGCAGUAGACGAUGAAGGGAUGAUCUAUAUUUUAGAUACUGGAAAUUCUCGUAUUAAGGUACUCAAUUGUGAUUUGGAAUUUCAAAGGCACAUAAACAAUGAAGGCUUAGAAGGUCGAAGUUGUACAGGCAUAGGUAUUUCUCAACAAGGUCUCGUAGUUGUAAAUUGGCGGACGCGAAAGAUUACGGAAAUGACUUCGUUGGGCGAUACAAUUCGAUCUUUCACACAUAACGCAUUUCAAGAACCCAUAGACAUUGCAGUGGACAAAAGUUACGGGCACAUACUUGUCGCUGACAAUGGUCAAAGCUGUGUAUUCGUAUUUGACUCGGAUGGCAAGAUCUUAUUCCAGGUUGGUAAGAGAAGCACGUUCAAGCUAAUUAGUUCUGUAACUGUUGGACCAGCUGGUGAGAUUUUAGUUGCCGAUAGCAGAAUUCAAGUGUUUUCCGCGAAAGGAGAUUUCUCUGAAGAAGUAUAUCCCGAGGGAAAAGGAAAAGGUAUCUACGGAGGAAUAGCUGUAGACGCAGACGGCAAAAUAAUUGGUACCCGUACGGACAAAGGUCGUAGCAUAAUACAAGUAUUAAAGUUAGGCGGAGGUAAUAUCUUAACCGAGAUCGACUCACACAGCUCAAAAUUGAGACGUCCCUCGGGCAUAGCCGUACUGCCAGAUAAUCAUCUAGUGGUCGUGGAUUUGGGCAAUGAUUGUAUAAAAAAGUACAGGUAUUGGUAAAAAGUAAUUAUUUGUUUAACCAUCAAAAUUCAAAUGGCAAAUGGGAAGCUCAUUGCGAAUUUAAGGUACCAAAAGUCAAUCUAAUUUAGAAUUAUUUAUUCAGGUUAUGGAACUUGUAACAUCACUUAUUAUGAAUGUAAUACCUAUGUUUUUAUAAAUUUUUAUAUAUAGUUUAUAAAUUAGUAUAAGACGUGAGAUAUGAAAAGGUAUUGUCAAGAAAUCUUGACAUUACUAUUCUAAUUUUGAUUUGCAUAUAUAUAGCACCAUAUUUGUUGCAAUUUAUAUUUUGCCCCCAUCAAAUUUAUUUAAUUUCUUUUGUGUUCUUGUGAUGCUGUGCUUUCUUUUGUUUUCUGCAUAUCUGUGGGAAAAUUGUCACCAUUCAUAAAACGAAGUCACUCGAAAUGCUCAGUACUUAUUGUAUGUAUACUUUUUGUAUUUGAUAAUUUUUUUUAAGUCAUAGCGAUUAAUAUUUAAUUGUUUGAAUGCAUAAAACAACUUUGUUGUUACUAAUUAAUCUAGAUAAUACAUCUGUGGAUAACAAUCCUUUCCUGAUUUUGUCAAGUUAAACUUGAAAGUUGUUUAUCUUGUUUUGAACGUUAAACACCAUAUGAUAGUUAAAAUCACAAUCGAUUAUAUAUUGGAUAUAAGAAAUAAUAAUAUAAUUUUGAUUACAUAAAUAUAGACUGCUCAUAGACUGCACAUCUUAUGCAAUAUUAAGCAAAACAUGUUACAGUAUAAUAAUUUUUGGUUAAUCAUAAUCCACGUAAUAAUCAAAUCUUUAUUCUGGUAAAAAUAAAGAUUAAAAAAAAGAUAUAUAUAUAUAUAUAUAUAUAUCAAUUUUGGUAAUCAUUGUAAAUCAGUCACUACCAGUCUGUACUUACAUAGUCAAAGAUGCACAACUAAUAAAUAAUUUAAUGAUUUUUAAGUGAAUAUACAUGUCACAGAAUUUUUAAGGAAAAAA